AUGAAGUUCACAGAGGGCAUGUGGCGCCUCCGGGAAGGCGUUCGGAUAGACUGGAUGAGCAAUGUCGAGCGGCUGAGCAUUGACGAUGAGACUGUCAACCUUCUGCUGAACAAGCUUCAGCGACAUCGUGGAGAUACUCUCAAUUCGGCGACGAUAUCUGCGCGGGUAACUUCUCCUCUUGAGGGUGUCAUCGGGGUUAAGUUAGUUCAUUGGGACGGCGAAGUCGACAAGGGACCGCAUUAUCGUCUCAACUCCACCACAGGCCAUGCGAAGAUUAACCACAUCAAGGGCGAGAAACUCAGCUACGACAGUGGACCCCUGAAUCUUGCUGUCAAGACAGUCCGUAACGAGCUUGGCUUCGUUUAUUCCGGCUCGCAGGGAAAACUAACCGGCCACUCUUUCCGAUCAAUUGGGUAUGUAAGCGAUCACACCACCGAGAAGACGCGAUGGCAAGACGGUCUGUUCAUCGAGCACGAGGGCUACAUGCUGGCAGCCCUGGACCUGGGCGUGGGAGAAAAGUUGUACGGCCUUGGAGAGCGAUUCGGACCGUUUGUCAAGAACGGCCAAACCGUAGACAUCUGGAACGAGGAUGGCGGUACGUCGUCUGAACUCGCGUACAAGAACAUCCCCUUCUACCUCAGCUCUAAGGGCUAUGGCGUGUUCAUCAAUCACUCUGGAAAGGUCAGCCUGGAGCUGCAGUCUGAGCGGACCACGCGAGUCAAUAUCUCUGUCCCCGGGCAGGAGUUGGAGUAUUUUGUUAUCUAUGGUGGCACACCGAAGCAGGUGCUGAAGCGGUAUACGGCCUUGACGGGCACGCCUAGUUUGGUGCCCUCAUGGAGCUAUAACCUGUGGCUCACAACUAGUUUCACUACCAACUACGAUGAGAACACCGUGACCGGAUUCCUGGAUGGCUUUCGAGACCGAAACAUUCCUCUGGGCGUCUUCCAUUUUGACUGCUUCUGGAUGAAGUCCUACCAGUGGUGCGACUUUGACUUUGAUUCCGAUAUGUUCCCAGAUGCGGCGGGAUAUCUGCGGCGUCUCAAGGAGCGAGGAUUGAAAAUCAGUGUCUGGAUCAAUCCUUAUGUUGGCCAGGCGUCGCCCCUGUUCAAGCAGGGGAAGGAAAAUGGCUAUUUUAUCAAGCGCACCAACGGCUCCGUCUGGCAAUGGGAUUUCUGGCAGGCAGGAAUGGCCAUUGUCGACUUCACCAAUCCUCGAGCAGUCGAAUGGUAUACAGGCCAUCUCCAGCGGCUCAUGGAUAUGGGCGUCGACACGUUCAAGACCGAUUUUGCGGAGCGCAUUCCUUUUCGAAACGUGCAGUAUUACGACGGCUCCGACCCGGUCCGGAUGCACAACUACUAUGCUUUGCUGUACAACAAGGUUGUCUAUGAAGCGAUGACCAGCCAGGUAGGCAAAUCGAAGGGUCUUCUCUUCGCCCGUAGCACGGCACCAGGGGGCCAGGCCUUCCCCGUCCACUGGGGUGGGGAUUGCGAAAGCACCUUUGAGGCCAUGGCGGAAUCCCUGCGUGGUGGUCUCAGUCUGAUGCUGUCGGGGUAUAUCUUCUGGGCGUCAGACAUUGGCGGAUUCGAAGGAACACCGCCUCCAGCGCUGUACAAACGCUGGGUGCAGUUUGGCCUGCUAUCAUCCCACUCUCGACUGCACGGCUCGUCUUCGUACCGGGUGCCGUGGAUCUACGGCGAGGACUGCAGUGACGUUCUCCGGGACUGCGUCAAGCGGAAGAUUCUGCUGACCCCAUAUCUCCUCCAGGAGGCCCUUGUUGGUCACCGGGACGGAACCCCUUUGAUGCGACCUAUGUUCUUGGAGUUUCCGGAUGACCUGAACACGUACACCAUUGACACGCAGUACAUGUUCGGAAGCAACUUGCUCGUGGCGCCGGUGUUUUCAGAAGAAGGAACGGUGACAUUUUACGUUCCGCGCAGCGAAGACGACAACAACGGCAAAUGGAUCUCGUGGUUCGAUCACGAGCACACAUACGAACCUGGUCAGUGGUAUACCGAGACUCACGGGUUUGAUACGCUGCCGAUCCUGGUGCGUCCAGGGUCAGUGACGGCGGUGAAUCCAAAACUCCAGACUCCGCAGGACGAUGCCAUAGAGGGGCUAGAGUUGCUCGUCAACGGCAGUAUCAGCAAGGAGAGAGUGAUCGAAGUGGUGAAUCCUAAUCAGACCCACGAGGUGCUGCAGAGAAUCAAAGUCGAACCAGACUCAACGGCCGAAUUGGGUGUCAAGGUAGAGCCCAGUGUGAAAAUCGUUCGGAUUGACAAGGAAUAG